AUGUUUGCAGAAAUUAUCAUGUCAAAGAGGCAGAAGAUUAAGAGGCAAAAACUUGAUUCCGAUAAUAACUCGAAUAGCAUGACAAGUAAUCGUCCAAAUAAUUCAGAUCAAUUAAGCGAGCUUCCGCAACAUUUGAUAGAAAUUAUUCUAUCAUAUUUGCUAAUACAUGAAGCUGCAAAGACAAGCAUAUUAUCAAAAAGUUGGAAACAAAAAUGGCAUACAGUUCCUUGGAUUACAAUCAACAGUAAAUCCUGGUUAUCGAUACGACAAUCCGAGUCUAUGGUCAAUUGCAUUCUCAAUCAACAUAUCGGAACAAUUCAAAAAUUUGUGAUUGUUAUAAAUCGUAUCGACCUGACUAUGACAUUACAGGCAUGGUUAUACAUACUAAUAAAAAACUCAAUUCAGGAUUUGAGUUUGGUAUGCACAAAAGAUAGUAACAAAACCAUUAAGCUUCCUGAUAAUUUAUUUUCCUGUCAACAGCUUAGGCAUUUAAAUCUGAGUCAUCUGUUUACACUGACCAAGCUGCCUUGCUCAUAUAAGGGAUUUAAGAAUUUAGUUACACUUGAACUAAGAAAAUUGUCAACUACAAGGCUUAUUUUUGAGAGUGUGAUCUCUAAUUGCCUAUUACUUGAGAAUAUUAUAGUAAAAUCUGUGAGUUUUGUUGGGGUUUUGAAUAUGAAUGUCCCUAAGCUUAAGUUCUUUAGCUUUGGUGGGGAAGUAAAUUCCAUUUCUUUCAAUAGUAAUCCACUGCUCUCAGUGUUGUCGAUCGAUCUAUAUAAACCCGAAUUCAAGUUCGGUAAAUGUUAUAGGCUUCAGACUGACAAUAUCAAAUUUACAAUACCUGAAUUGCCAUCUGCACUCGAGGAGCUUCACUUUCGAUGGAAAACUAGAAAGUGGUCGAUUGCAGUCACAGGAUUAAUUCAAGUUCUAUUAUCUUGUAAAGGUCAUCUAAGAGCCCUUCAAGUUCAUGAUUUUUGCUUUAAAGAUAAGAACUAUGUCUCAGCUCUCUUCGACUUGAAUGAACUCUUACCUAGCCUACAUACACUUAUCAUAAAGGUGGGUACUAAUUACUCAUUAUUAAGUAGUUUAUUCAACUCAGAAAUCGAACUAUGUACCAAUCGAGCUACGUUCAAUUGGCGAGAUGCUGCAAAAGCAUUGCUGAGUCUGAAUCUGUUACACAGUUUUGGGAAUCAGAAGAAAAAUCUACUGAGCCUCGCUACUUGGAGAACCAACUGCGUAAAAUGA